AUCAGUUAAAGUCCAUAUGGAGGAAGCCCAAUUGCUUCAGAUAUCCUGCGAGAAGGGCAGCUUGGUGACUAUGUCAGGUUGCGUAAAAUCAUGGAGAUCUUGGUAUCCAAAGUGCUUAAGGGUGAUGUGCAGGCUCUAGAAGAUCUGACCUGUGAAAGGAGGAAAGAAUUCAUGCGACAACAUCCAUUGCCUCAGGAGGUUCCAAUCGUAUCAUUCCACACCGAGGCAAGCAUCACUCCUCGUGUGCUCACCGCGCUUUCUCAUGUUGCGCAAUUGGAGCUACCGAUUGCUGCGGAUGGCAAUUCCACCAGGGUACCGGUCAAAAUGCCACUUUCAGCUGCAAUGGCAGCAUGCUCUCAACUUCUGGUGGCAAGGUAUGGCGAGAAAAGUGAUGGUCUUGUGACGAGGAAGGAUGCUGAGGUUCCUGGAUCGGUGGUGGUCCGGCCAGAGAGGAAGCUAGACCAUGCAUGGAUGGUGUAUUCCUCGGUGAAAGAAGAGCCUGGUGAUGAGGCGGACGCGUCGCAGGUAUGCGAAGCCCUGCUGACCCUGCUUGUAGAGGUUGCACAGAAAAGGAGGCAUGAGACGCCCAUGAAAGAUGAGUGAGAGUAUCACUACGUGUUAGUGUUGCCCUUAAAUGCAUGUAUCCUGUAAUCGUAGAACUUGGCUAGUGCUGGCUGAGUGAGAGUUGGGCUCAAAGUGCUUCUAGACUUGUUUUUUGUUUGGUUGCAGAAGCUUAUGAAUAUCCUUGCCUAUCAUGUGAACUGUGACCUAGAAGGUGGAUGGAAAAGGCUGUU